UGUCUCAGCCUGUUCUCUCGGUCUCAGUUCAGUUUGGCGCGCGCGGCGAGAUGUCGACAUGGUGCCGGUGACUAUGUAGUGCAGUGAUGAGUUGUAAACCGAGAGUGAUCGCCGCGGAAAUCAAGAAGGACCCGAAUAAGGAUGUUAUUCAAGAACGACCUGGCCCUAAACCCCACAUUGCUGGUGAAUUAGCUCUGGUGGGUGGGGUGUCCUCGGAACCUCACUGGGUAGAAGUGAGUGCCGGCCACCUCCUGGUCUACCCGGGGGUGUCUCCCAGCUCUGCUCUGACCCUCGUCCUUGUUGCAGGUGAACUAGCUCUGGUGGGCGGGGUGUCCUCGGAACCUCACUGGGUAGAAGUGAGUGCCGGCCACCUCCCGGUCUACCCGGGGGUGUCUCCCAGCUCUGCUCUGACCCUCGUCCUUGUUGCAGGCGAACUAGCUCUGGUGGGCGGGGUGUCCUCGGAACCUCACUGGGUAGAAGUGAGUGCCGGCCACCUCCUGGUCUACCCGGGGGUGUCUCCCAGCUCUGCUCUGACCCUCGUCCUUGUUGCAGGUGAAUUAGCUCUGGUGGGUGGGGUGUCCUCGGAACCUCACUGGGUAGAAGUGAGUGCCGGCCACCUCCCGGUAUACCCGGGGGUGUCUCCCAGCUCUGCUCUGACCCUCGUCCUUGUUGCAGGUGAAUUAGCUCUGGUGGGCGGGGUGUCCUCGGAACCUCACUGGGUAGAACUCUGGUGGGCGGGGUGUCCUCGGAAACCUCACUGGGUAGAAGUGAGUGCCGGCUACCUCCUGGUCUACCCGGGAGUGUCUCCCAGCUCUGCUCUGACCCUCGUCCUUGUUGCAGGUGAACUAGCUCUGGUGGGUGGGGUGUCCUCGGAACCUCACUGGGUAGAAGUGAGUGCCGGCCACCUCCUGGUCUACCCGGGGGUGUCUCCCAGCUCUGCUCUGACCCUCGUCCUUGUUGCAGGCGAACUAGCUCUGGUGGGUGGGGUGUCCUCGGAACCUCACUGGGUAGAAGUGAGUGCCGGCCACCUCCUGGUCUACCCGGGGGUGUCUCCCAGCUCUGCUCUGACCCUCGUCCUUGUUGCAGGUGAAUUAGCUCUGGUGGGUGGGGUGUCCUCGGAACCUCACUGGGUAGAACUCUGGUGGGUGGGGUGUCCUCGGAAACCUCACUGGGUAGAAGUGAGUGCCGGCCACCUCCCGGUCUACCCGGGGGUGUCUCCCAGCUCUGCUCUGACCCUCGUCCUUGUUGCAGGCGAACUAGCUCUGGUGGGUGGGGUGUCCUCGGAACCUCACUGGGUAGAAGUGAGUGCCGGCCACCUCCUGGUCUACCCGGGGGUGUCUCCCAGCUCUGCUCCGGUCUGGAGGCUUCCUCUGCGACACCUCAACCUCCAGCCGGCGGCCUCAGGGCGUCCCCGCGGGUUCAGCCUCAGCCGCCAUGGCGAGACCGUGCCCAUCGCCACUUUCCAGGUGGACAAUGAACUAGAUUAUUCGCGGUGGGUGAAGACGCUGGCGGCGGAGCUGCUGAAGCAGACACCUCUGGAGGCGGUCAAGUUCCUCGACAUCCUCGGGAUCACAGCGACUAUCCCCGGAGACGCGGACCGGUCCUUGAGUCCGGAGUACCACAGCGAACCCGAGAACCGCUCUUGGGAGUUGAGGUGCUCUCCGCCCUCACAGGAAUGCAGAAAACCUUCCGUGCCCCUGAGCGUGCCCAAGAACUGGUACCAAAGGUCUGUAGAAAGUGACCAACCGCUCUCCCUCAUCAUCACCGAAGAACCGAAGAAAGAGUGCAGGAGAACUUCCUUCAGGAAGGCUUUGAAUUUCGACACCGUCUCCGAAGACGUGAUCGAUGGCUUCCGCGUCAUGGACUCCAUCUGUCAGUUGGCCAAACAAUCCAAGAACUGUUUCAGGACGUGCAAUAAAUCCGGUAUCGAUAAUGUCCCGAAAUGUAAUGAGGAAAGUGUGGGAAAGAACAGAUUCAAGUCCCUCCUGAAGACAUUCCUCUCCCAGGAGAGCACCAAGGGUGUGACGAGUUCCGGUCCUCUGCAUCCUCUGGACAUGAAGGACGACGGCAGGACCGGGAGACCUCCCUUGCCCGACGUGGUGAAGGAUCUCCCCCCUUGCGACAGGAGGUCCAGAGCCAGGACGAGGACCCCGACCCCGCUGCGCCUGCGGGGGAAGAGUGUCGAUGUCCUGCCUUCCACCGAGGACUCCAGAGUCGCUGAACUGAUGGCCCGGUGUCAGCAGGAGGACAGGUACGUCCCCGUGCGGGACAAGCGCCUCAUGUUCGAGUCUCUGGGCCGUGCGAGCUCCCAGCCUCGCUUCGUCCUCAGCUCCGACAACCUCAUGAGUCUCGGCGACCUCACACCGACCUCUGAACCUCCCAGAACCCAGUCUCUUCACGACCUCAGCGCCAACAGUGUCGCCGUCAAAGAGAUCUGCAGGUACUUCGAGCAGCGGGGGGAAUCCCGCGGGGAGUUGGCCACCAGGAGUCCGUCCCCCGAGUGUCGCCUGAGACUGCACGCGCCCAAGCCUGCCAAGUCUCUGGGGGAGGAAACGCUGAGAGGCCGGCAGAUGGUGAGGGCGGAGCGGCGCCUGGGCAGGCUGAGGCAGAACAUCGCGGAGUGUGAGCAGACCAUCUGGCGGCUGCGGGGCCAGAGUAGCAAGCUCUCUCAGAACCGGAGGGAAGGGAGCACUAGGAUACAGCUGGCACUGGACUGCCGCCUGGAGGAGGAACGACAGAGACUCAAGCGGUUACAGGAGGAACAGUACAAGGUCCAGCGAGAGAUGGACCUCACUGUGGACCACUUUGGGAUACCUACGGUGAAGACGAGACACCACAGUGAUGUGCGAUGAUGAUACUGCGGAUAUACUGAUGUUAACGUUUGCCUACAGAUACAACUUUAAUGUGUAAAUAAGAUCUGUAGAUUUUUGUAAUUUUCUUUCUCUAAGAAUCAAAACAUGAAUUUUAUAUCAACAGUAAUUUCUUAUCUUAAAGAACAAAGCGGACAGGUAAUUUCACAAUCAAUUUCUAAAAUUUGACUAAAUACGGGUGAUAUUAGUUGUAAUUAAUUACAAUUUAUGAAUCGAACUAAAAUUUUAAAGUUUGGUAAAAAAAUCUUGAAAAGACAGUAAUGAGAAUUAUGUGAUAAAUCAUCUGGAUUGUAUAUUUCAGUACAACAUGCACUUGAGAUUUUCUCUACUUCCAUGUUAAUUUAAUAAAUUGAUGUUACAAAACUUGGUAUUAAUUUUUAAAAAAUUACAUUAAAUUUACAUUCAAGAAACUGUCAGUAAAAACUCACUCAAGAGUACCAAAUUGUUUUCGCCAUUAAGAGGAAAAACUUUAUUUUUCUAAACACCAGGCAUUUAUCUAUUUUUAUUCCACAAUUUACCCCGCAUAUUUCUGCUGGAGGAGUAGAUUUAAUUUUAAAAUUAAUUUAAUUUUCUGUAACUGAAAACUUUUUUAUGUAUAAGUUCUACGAAUUCCAAAAGCCUGUAAAAUUGUUUUUUUAGGAAGUAAAUGCCCAAACUGUAUUGAACAUUUUGAUGUAUCUCCUCAGCGACCUUGUCACUAGGCUAAUGUCAUCACUUUUGUUAAGUUUUCUCGUUAUCUUGUACGUUCUUUCCUUCCUUAGUACGUAUAUUUGACCAAAGUGUUUUCAAGUUUUGUUUAAGCGAAGAUUGUUCAGCUGGUGUUACUUAUAACUGCCAAAUGUUUAUUUGUUACCCCUGUAAAUAUGUGCUCUUUAGUUUAUUGAACAUAUGCUUUAUUGUAGUGUUACAGAUUUCUAUAACUUUUGUACUUACGUUUAGCUAUUAGAACUUUUGCCGUUCAAGAAAUAUAUUUCAUUAAAUAGUAUUAUUUUGUGUAAAAUUCAAAUUUUAGGAUUUAACGAAUAGUAUUCAAUUUAUUUUUGAUUGAAAUAUUGUGUAGUUAGUCUUUGUGCAGUUUUGUAAAGAAACUACUAUUAAAGACUUGUGAUUUUAUUCUGAUGCACUGAAAAAAUAAUGUAUUGCUAAUAAUAUCUACAGUAUAAUAUCAACAGUCUAUGUUCAGUUAUCGGUUAUCUCUACAACAGAAUUAAAUAAUGUAAAAAGUCAAAACUGCUUUAUUAUUUAUAUUUUGAAUCUAUUUAUUGUUUUACAAGGUUUUGUUUUUUAAUGAAAAUAUAUUCAUAGCACAAGGUUAUUUUCAAGUUAAGUUGUGUGUAGCAUAUAUUAUGUAAAGUAUAAAAAUAUUUUUAUUAAAUGUAUUUAUAUAGUAUGUAUUAAUUUUUUUAAUAAAAGUUUAUUGUUUAAAAAUA